UGUUUCACCGGUAAGGGAAACUGUCCCGUCGCACGCAGUACAGUUCGAUCUACAGGAAGCGGUAGCCGCGAUUAUUGUAAAAAAAUAAAAACUAACUGACUAAGUGCUGAUAGUACAACUUUGCGCUCAUCCUGCCCAUCACUGGAACGGUUCUUCGAUAGAGACGGCGGCUCCUCUUCACAAAACAGUCGAAGGUUAUCAACCGGAGUGGAACGUUCGUUGAAGAUUUUACAGCCCGCUUCCUUUAGUUUUUUUGAAUUUUGAAUAUAGAACCAAUUGUAGGGUCUUGGUGGGGAAAAUUACCUGUGCGAAAAUAAUUCACAAAAGCAGUGCUUGACCAUGACCGAAUCGUGAGUGCCAAAAUCACAAUCAAAAAAAUUUCCUAGUAGUUGCAGCAGAAGCCCGAAAAAGCAAUGGACGAAAUAAAGUGAAAAAUAACCUAAAUAAGGGAACAACAUAAAGUGCCUUCAAAAAUAGUGAUUAAGUGCAACAAGAUUAAAAACAUAUCCAUCAAAAGAUGGACAAUUCGAGUAAGCCGGAGAAGAAGAACCCCCGGAAGGGAGCGUUCUGUUUGUCGCAGCUUCUGUUCGGAUGGUUGCUUCCGCUGUUUGGCCGUGGCUGUCUCCAUGGUCUGAACAAGGAUGAUCUGACCAAAUGCCUCAAACAGGACAAAUCCGAGGAUCUUGGAGAUCGGCUAGAAGAACAAUGGGAAAAAGAGAUAUCCCGAGCGCGACGAAAGAAUCGUCAACCGAAACUUCGAAACGCCUUGUUUCACACCUUUUACCGCCAGUGCCUUUUUGACGGAUUGUUGGUGUUUUUAUUCGUUUUAAUCAAGACCAUCCUCCCGUUAGUGCUUGCUCAAUUACUCGUCCAGUUCCAAGCACCGAUGAACACCACUCACGUGUCCGUGUCGGACAUUUCCUCGACGCCAUCGAUCGCUGAUCCUUUUCUGGCCACUACACUUGCUUUUCUCCACGAUCUAGAAGAAGAUCAUAAUGCGACCGAUAGCGAAGGAGAUCGACUUCGACGCAGCAUCGACGACAACAGGAAUGUUCUGAAUUUGCCUGAUCGAGAUUCGGAUGCAAAACGGGACGACUACAAUAAUGGAUUGGAUUAUUCGGACGGGCAGGAUGACGAAGUCGCGGAGGAUGAGGGCCAGAUGCAGGACGCCCCCGAGAUUCGACGGUUAAGUAGUGCCGGGGAUUUCUUCCAGUACGCCUGGAACGAUGCGUAUUGGCUGUCCGGGUUGUUAACCUUGUUAACACUGCUGGGCUGUUUCUGUUAUCAUCAUUCGGAUUUGAGGCAGCGAAUGGUCGGGGCCCGGAUGAGAAUCGCCUGCUGUUCCGCCAUCUACCGCAAGACGUUACGCAUGUCCAAGAAGGCGGCAGGUCAAACGCCGGCUGGAUACUUGAUCAAUUUACUGUCGAACGAUGUCAGCCGCCUGGAUUAUGGAUUUGUGUUUGUGCACUACGUUUGGGUGCUACCGUUUCAGGCAAUCCUCACGUGUUACCUCAUCUGGCUGCAGGUUCAAUGGGCAGCAGUGGUCGGUGUUCUGGGCCUGCUGCUGAAAACAAUCCCAGUUCAAACCGGGCUCGGAAGGUUGCAGUCGGUGCUGCGGAUGCGCGUUGCCGUCCGAACCGAUCAGCGGGUCGGCAUUAUGAACGAGCUCAUUCAAGGUAUUCAGGUCAUCAAGAUGUACGCUUGGGAGAAACCUUUCCAAACGGUGGUAUCGUUGGCUAGGAAAAAGGAAGUCCGUCAAAUUCGGUGGGCCUCCUAUAUAAGAGGGAUCUACUUGAGUACGAUGAUUUUUACUGAGAGAUCGACUUUGUUCUUGGCGAUAGUGGUGUGUUUCCUGGAAGGCCGAACGAUUACAGCGGACAUCGUCUUUCCGAUGGCUCAAUUUUUCAAUAUUUUACAACUGACGGCUGCCAUUUUCUAUCCCUUGGCUAUAAGUCUCGGGGCCGAGGCUUUGGUAUCGAUGGAUCGGGUCCAGGAGUUUUUGGAAAUGGAUGAACAGGAUAAGAAGAAUCCCGGACUCAGGAAGAAUGAGAUCGAAAUCGUUAAAAGUUGUCCGGAAACGGCUGUAGAACUAACCAACGUUUCUGCCAGUUGGGAAGAGAAUAAAGAAAAGACCCUGAAGGAUAUAACGCUCACAGCUAAAACUGGACAUCUUAUGGCAGUUGUUGGUCCAGUAGGAUCUGGAAAAAGUUCACUGUUACAGUUAUUGUUGGGUGAACUUCCUAUUCAAAACGGCCAGGUCAACAUCAACGGAGAUAUUUCCUAUGGGUCCCAAGAACCCUGGCUUUUCACCGGCACCGUACGUAACAAUAUCCUUUUCGGUCUACCGUACGAUCGAAAACGGUACCAGGAAGUGGUCAAACACUGUGCAUUGCUAACCGAUUUCGAUCAGCUACCGGAUGGAGACAAAACUAUUGUAGGAGAACGUGGAGCUUCCCUAUCCGGAGGUCAACGGGCUCGAGUUAAUCUGGCACGGGCGGUUUACAAAAAUGCUUCGAUAUUUUUGUUGGAUGACCCUCUCAGUGCCGUGGAUACGCACGUGGGCCGACAUUUAUUCGACGAAGUUAUGGGUCCUCGGGGAUACCUAGCCAAACAGCAGGCUACCAGGGUUUUGGUGACCCAUCAAGUUCAUUUCUUGAAGGAGGCCGAUUGGAUUGUGAUUUUGGAACACGGCAAGGUUCUAUCCCAAGGCACGUACCAGGAACUGUCGAAUAGUAAUCUGGACUUUGGCAAACUUUUGGGCUCGAUGGAAGCAAAAACCGAAAACAUUGAGGAGGAAGAGUUGGAAGAGAUUGCGGAUGAAGAAAUCCCGUUCAUAGAUGGCGCCAGGGCAGAAAGUUAUCGAUUGCUGAAAAGUGCUCAAUCAAUUCAGGGUCGAACGUCACUUUCUUGCGCGUCAAGUAUAGAGGAAAACCUCGGCCGUGCGACAGCAGAAGAUCAAGCCGAGGGCACUCUGUCCUUCAAAGUUUGGACAACCUACUUCAGAGCCGGUGGAAACGUGCUGUUGCUACUAUUCACAUUGGUGGUGUUACUGUUUUCACAAGUGGUCAUCAGUGGAUCGGAUUACUUUGUAACCUACUGGACCCGGCAGGAAGAGCGCCGGGUUAGGGACCUACCGGUGAGGUACUCCACGGAGGAUUUGCUCAUCAGUUAUGGAGUCAUCAUUUUUGGGGUUAUCUUCAUAACCACCUUCCGAGGGUAUCUCUUCUUCAACAUCUGCAUGCGGGCUUCGAGAACGCUUCAUGAUCGCAUGUUUGCCAAAAUUUUGGCGGCACCAAUGCGAUUCUUCGACACGAAUCCUUCGGGACGAAUCUUGAAUCGGUUUUCCAAGGAUAUGGGAGCCAUCGAUGAGUUGCUUCCCAAAGCGAUUAUGGAUGCCGUCCAAGUACUGUUGAUUAUGGUUGGUAUUCUGGUGGUUAUCGCGAUCAUGAACCCGAUUUUGCUACUUGCUUUACUUGGAGCAGUUAUCCUGUUCGCUGCCAUUUUGAAGCUGUAUCUUCGACCAGCACAGGAUUUGAAGCGGUUGGAAGGCAUCACUCGUAGUCCAGUAUUCUCUCACCUUUCGGCGACUCUAUCCGGUCUAUCAACCAUUCGAGCAAGUGCGGCUCAGAAAAAGAUCAGCCAAGAAUUCGACGCCCUACAGAACGUUCACUCGGCGGUGUGGCAGCUGACUAUGUCCAGUAACGCCGCACUUGGACUGUGGCUCGAUUGCGUGAGCACCGGUUUUGUAGCUUGCGUAGCGUUCAGUUUUAUUGCUCUUCAUGAAGACAUCCUCAGUGCCAACGUCGGGUUGGCCAUAUCCCAGGCAAUGAUCCUCACCGGGAUGGUUCAGUAUGGAAUACGUCAGACGGCGGAGUCCAUUCAGCAGAUGACAUCGGUGGAACGAAUUAUGCAGUAUACGGAAAUUCCUUCGGAGAAAGCUCCUCCCAAAAUACCACCAAAAGACUGGCCCUGGAAGGGGCAGCUAGAAUUCCGUAACAUGUCGCUCCGGUACGAUGUUGAUGGGGCCCCAGUGCUCAAAAACCUGGACUUAACAAUCGAGCCAACUUGGAAGGUGGGAAUUGUUGGUCGAACGGGAGCCGGCAAGUCUUCGCUAAUUGGUGCUCUCUUCCGGUUGGCUCCGAUCGAAGGAAAAAUCCUGGUGGAUGGAAUCGAUACCGGCGUUGUGUGCCUCGAAUCUCUACGAUCGAAGAUCUCGAUCAUCCCGCAGGACCCGGUUCUGUUCAGUGCCACCAUUCGGUACAAUUUGGAUCCCUUUAACCUGUACGAUGACGAUAGUAUUUGGCGAGCAAUCAACGAGGUCGAGCUCAAGUCGGCCAUCAAUGGGCUGGACUAUAUGGUGACUGAAAGUGGUACCAACUUCAGUGUUGGGCAGCGUCAGUUGAUUUGUUUAGCGAGAGCCAUACUCCGAAAUAACAAAAUAUUGGUGCUGGAUGAAGCAACCGCUAAUGUGGAUCCUCAAACCGACGCCCUCAUUCAGAAAACGAUCCGCGAAAAGUUCAAACAGUGCACGGUCCUCACCGUCGCCCAUCGGCUGCACACGGUCAUGGAUUCGGACCGGAUCCUGGUGAUGGAAGCUGGGGAGGCCCGUGAAUUUGAUGCACCACAUGUGCUGCUGCAGCAUGAAGGAGGCAUCCUGCGGGAUAUGGUGGAAGCAACGGGCCCAGCCGAAUCGGAAUCUCUUAAAACCAUCGCCUCGGAUACGUACGCUCGGAUGGAUCAAAGCAGACACUUCCCGAACGGACUGCCCAACCCGUGGCGAUUUAGCAAGGAGGAGUAGGGAAGGCAACUGUUAGUUAGAAGUGUGUUCAUAGAAUUAGGUCGAUAAGCCAAAUCGUGAAGUGCCCAGGGACAAUGCAGUUUUACAACCACAAACUCAUACAGUUAUUUUAUGAUAUUUUAUAUGGCAUCUUUAGUAUUUGUACAAAAGAAAAACUCAAACAGUUUCUUCAA